UAUGUUCUUACUGCACUCUUUGAUUGCAGGAAGAAGUCAACCAGUCUCCUUGAUAACUAUCAGUAUGAUGAACCUUUCAUCGGCCACAGAGCCCACCACCAAAAACUUAAUGGAUCCCCUGUCUUCUGUGGGCCAGACGAUCUCAGCCACCUUCCUGGGCCUGGCCUUCCUGCUGGGUGCCCCGGGAAACCUGCUGGUCAUAUGGAUCAUCUGGAGGCAUGUUAAGCCCCGCACCCACACCAUCCUGCUCAUCCUCCACCUGGCUGCCGCCGAUCUGCUGGUCCUCAUCACCCUGCCCCUGUGGAUCUACUCCCUGGUCUACUCCUGGGUAUUCGGAGAGGUCUUCUGCCAGACGGUUGUGUAUGUGAUCCACGUGUGCAUGUACAGCAGUAUCUUCCUCAUCACACUCAUGAGCAUUGAGCGCUUGGUGGCAGUCCGCUACCCAUUAGUCAUUAAUUUCUCCAGUAUCCAGAAUGUUCUGGACGUCAGCCUUAUCGCCGCCUGGGUCCUGGCGCUGCUCCUGGGGGUACCUGCUAUCCUGACCCAGGAGGUGUCGGAGGGGGUAGGGGGCGCGCAGUGCCUCUUCAGGAAUUUCAGCUCUGUGGCUCAAGAGAGAACAAUUAUUUCUCUUGAGACCAUUGCAGGAUUUGUGGUGCCCUUCACCAUCAUGUCUAUCUGCUACUGUCUGGUCGCCAGCCAGCUCAGAGAAAGUAGAUUCCAGGACAAAAGGAAGGUGAUGCUGCUGAUAGCCAGCUUGGUGUUAGCAUUCACCUUGUGCUGGCUGCCUCACCACAUCAACAACAUCAUUCAGCUGGUGUGUAUCCAGAGUAUGGACAGCUCAUGUGGCUCUGACAGUUUAACCCUUAUCGCCGGUGCUCUGGUGUUCGUGAGCAGUUCGGUGAACCCUGUGUUGUAUGCCUUCGCUGCCCGGAGAUCCAAAGUACGCAUCAGAGGGCUUAAAAUCAUCAGAUUCUUUCAGGAAGUGGCCACACACACCAAAGCUUUUCGGGGAACUAGUGCUAAAGAAGCAGACAGUGAAUGUGAAUCCACAGACAGAAAGCAACCGUUGUCUCACACAUUCAAUUUAAGAGACGUGUGAAAUUGUAAUUCUGUCAUCAUAAUUUGAUUAUUUAUUAAUCAUUGAAUAGGUGAUUAAGGAAUAUGUUGGUUUGGAACGUUGGAAUAUAUCAUGACUUUUAAAUUGUUUCACUAUUUUUACUGUUAUUUAAGUUGCAUAAUAUAUAUUUGAUACAAUACAACAUAAGAGAGGACUUUAAAAGUAUAGCAUUUCAAUAUUUGUGAGUGUUUAAACUGUGAAAAUGUGGAAUAUGAUGACCAAUGUGUGAUAAUUUGAUCCAAUGAUUUAAUUUCUUGAAUUAACAUGAAUUUGUGAUACUUUUUUGUGGUGAUUAGGAUCUAGAUAGAUAUAAUUUUUUAUGCAGUUACUUGUUGAUAUGUAUAGUUGUGGAUAAACAUUGUUCGAAAAUAACAUCAAAUAUUUUCCAUUAAUAUCUUGUAAGGGUAAUAAUACUGCAUCCAAUUAACUGUCUCAACUCUCAUGAAGUCAGAGUUGUUACGAUUGGUAGGAUUGUGUAACCUCAAUUGAAAUGAAAAACACAGAUGAUCUGUAUUUCCUCUGUGCCAUAUACUAUAGUAACCAUGCCACAUAACAUGUUUCUGUAAGAGCCAAGUUCAUUUUUGUUGAGGGGAGAAAAAGAAGGAACUGGUGUACCUUCAAGAGAUUUUGACUUUUUCAAAAAGUAUUUUAUUCCUUUCUGGAAUGUGUUACUCCCCCUAAUAUUGUGUGUUGUAAAUACCCAAUGUCUUACGACACCCAUUACCAUCAGCUGUAACUGGGCGUGUAUUUCAAAUAAAUAACUACGUAGAAAAAACCUUGCUUUUGUAAUUUUCCAGCUUUAAAUUAACCAGAAGAAUUGUACAAUCGUACAACAGGAUCUAUUCUUGAAACAAAUGUAUCCUAUUGAACUUUGACCUUUGUAUUUUAGAUAAAUUAAACAUUAGUUCCUAUUUUAUUUUUCGUGACUCAAAAGCUUGAUGGAUGAGUCACUGGAUCUCUGCCUCUCUAAAAAACCGGUGAAACACCUACUUCCUGUCCGCUCAAGGCUCAGAAGGAAGUGGAGGCUUGCUUGGACAGCACUUUUUGUAUGAGGACACUAGACCGCACAUGCGUACACACACAUACACAUACAUUUAUACACAGAUGUAGCUUGAGACAAGCGAUGGCUUCGCCCUCUUCAGAAGACAUGGAAGUCGAGGAUAUAUCCAGUGGAACAACCGUGUGCUGUGUGAUCCUGGGUCUGUCCUUCUUGGUCGGGGCCCCGGGGAACCUCCUGGUCAUCUGGACCAUCCUGAGGCACGUCAAGAAGCGCUCGCACACCGUCAUCCUCAUUCUCAACCUGGCUGUGGCGGACCUGCUCAUCCUCAUCACCCUCCCAUUGUGGAUCUACAGCCUGGCCUUCUCCUGGGUGUUCGGCAAGGCUUCCUGCAAGGCCAUGGUCUUUGUCAUCAACGCCUGCAUGUUCAGCAGCGUCUUCCUCAUCACCACCAUGAGCGUGGAGCGUUUCCUGGCCGUGCGCCACCCCUUCGCCUCGGCCGACUGGAAGAG